AUGGACGAGGAUCUCUCCGAGCCGAGCCCUAGAUACAGUGACCGGUUCAACGCCCCCGACGGAGACGUGACGAUCUCAUCGUCCGAUGGGGUGCUCUUCAAAGUGCACCGCAAGGACCUCGAGACCUACUCCGAUAUUUUCCCCGGGACCGACGUCCCAGUGGACGACGAGACCGUCUCGUUGUCGGAGCACUCGUCGACACUGGAGCUGCUGUUCCAGUAUAUGCGUCGCCAGCGGCAGCCCGACUUGAGCAAGGUCCCUCCUGAAGAACUCGCAGAGUUGGCGGAGGCUGCGGAGAAGUACUGCGUCUACUCAGCAAUGGAGGUGUGCAAGGUGUACAUGCAGGCUGCAAUCCUGAAGAUCCCGCUGACUGUCAUGGGAUAUGCGGCAAGGCAUGGCUAUGAGAGCCUCUGCGCGGAGGCCGCUCCGCACACCCUAGAAGCGAAGGCCGCCGACGCUCAGAGGCAACUCGACGCAACGUGCUUCACUGAGUGGGUUAGUGACUCUUAA